ACUCAUAAACAUAACCCUCCCACCCCAACCCUUUUCUUCUUCCAUAGCCCCUUUCUCUUUCCCUUUCUUUUCCCCUCCCCUACAAUAAAUUAUUAAAAAACCCCCCAAAACCCUAACCCUAACCUCUCCCUAUAUCUCUCUCUGUAUUAUUACUAUUAUUAUUAUACCCAAAACAUUUCUGAUUACUACUAUUUUAGUUUUCUUAUUUGAUUAUCGAGAGACAUGAGAGAAAUGGUUGCUACACCUGAUGCUACUUCUGCCGUUACUGGUGGUGCUGGUGCUGGUAGUGGACGACAGCAGCAGCAUACACUGUCAGCGAGAGUGAGGAAAAUUAUACAAUCGAUUAAAGAAAUUGUGGGAAAUUUCUCUGAUGCUGAUAUUUAUAUGGUCCUUAAAGAGACCAACAUGGAUCCUAAUGAGACCGUUCAAAAACUGCUCAAUCAAGAUCCGUUUCAUGAGGUGAAGAGAAAAAGAGAUAAGAAGAAAGGGAGUAUGAGUUACAGGGGUUCUGUGGAUUCAAGAAAACAACCUGAGAAUUUUGAUCAAGGGAUGAGACCCCGUACAUUUUUGGAUCACGAUGCUCGACGAGGUCAUACUCGAACUGAUUCGAUUGGUAAUAGAGGAGUUAACAGAGAAUUCCGUGUCGUGAGAGACAACAGAGUUAAUCAAAAUGCAAAUAGAGAACCAAAGCCUGCUUUGCCACAAGGUUCAACAUCAGCAAAGGAGAAAGGCAGUGGAGUUACAGAAAAAGGCAGUUCAGCAGGAAUUUCAAACAACUUAAAGCCUUCUAACACACGAAGUUCAUCUCAAACUUCUAAUGGGCCUACUGAUCCUGAACCUAGAUACAACAGAGACGCUAAGUCAAGGGUUGGUGAUAGGAAAGUGGUAUCAGAGGAAAAGCGAUCUACAGCUUCUAAUGCUACUACUUCACGGGCACAAGUGGUGAAACCCAAUAAUUCUCAACAACAUGAUGCAUCGCUAGCUUCAAGCAAUUCUGUUGUUGGGGUGUACUCCUCCUCAACAGAUCCUGUGCAUGUGCCAUCUCCCGAUUCUAGAUCAUCUGGUGUUGUUGGGGCGAUUAAGCGUGAGGUUGGGGUGGUGGGUGGUCGCCGGCAGUCUGAAAAUGCUGUCAAAGAUUUGUCAUCAAGUAAUUCAUUCUCAGAAUCAUUUCAUCCUUUAACUGCAAUAUCUAAUACCGAUCAAGUCCGUCAAACUGCUGUGAUUGAAUCAAUGCCCAGCGUUCCUGUUAACAGAUCAUCCUUACACAACCAGUAUAACAGCAGGCCUCAUCAACAAACUGUGGGUUAUCCAAAAGCUUCACAGCACAAUAAAGAGUGGAAACCAAAGUCGAGCCAGAAAUCAAGUAUUACUAGUCCUGGAGUUAUUGGAACACCAACAAAAUCCAGUUCGCCUCCCACAGAUAAUUCUAAGAGCAUGGAAUUGAAUGCAGCUAAUUUGCAGGACAAGUUUUCACGAGUAAACAUUCAUGAAAAUCAGAAUGUAAUCAUAGCACAACAUAUUCGAGUCCCUGAGAGUGAUAGGUGCAAGCUGACCUUUGGCAGUUUUGGAGUGGAAUUUGAUCCUUCCAGGAAUUCUAUGCCUGGAUUUCAAGCAGUAGGAAUUUCAGAAGAAUCAAACAGGGAAUCUUCCAUCAGUAAAUGUGAUGGCAGUUUACCAGCAUCUUGUCCGGAGUCUUCCAGUGAAGAUGCACCUGGUGGCAAGCAGAUUGAGUUGCUAGAUGAUCAAGCAAGAAAUUCUGAGUCUGACUCUCCAGAAGCUGGUUUAGCUUCUGAACAUCAAUUGCCUGAGAAGUCAUCAAGUCCUCCAGACUUGGAUAAUUAUGCUGAUAUUGGUUUGGUUCGAAACAGCAGUCCAUCCUCCGCUCCUUCAGAGUCACAACAGCAACAAGAUCAUCCUGAGUUACCAAGCUUUUCGGCAUAUGAUCCCCAGUCUGGUUAUGAUAUGUCAUACUUCCGACCCCCAAUUGAUGAAACGGUACAAGGACAGGGUCAACCAUCUCCACGUGAGGCCUUAACCGCCCAUACAGGCAACCACAUUCCUACAUCGACAAUGCCCACAAUGCAACAGCAGCCUCCAAUGGCUCAAAUGUACCCACAAGUUCAUGUCUCACCUUUCACAAAUCUCAUGCCAUAUCGUCAGUUCAUCUCUCCUGUUUAUGUUCCACCAAUGCCCAUGCCUGGCUACUCUAGCAACCCUGCAUACCCACAUCCAUCAAAUGGAAACAGUUACAUGCUGAUGCCCGGAGGUGGUUCCCAUCUUAAUGCAAAUGGCCUCAAGUAUGGAAUCCAGCACUAUAAACCAGUUCCUAGCAGCAAUCCUGCUGGUUUUGGAAAUUUUACAAGUCCAAGUGGGUAUGCGAUCAAUGCUCCUGGUGUGGUUGGAAGUGCAGCAGGUCUUGAAGACCCAUCUCGGAUGAAGUACAAAGAUGGAAACAUUUAUGUUCCCAACCCACAGGCUGAGUCAUCUGAAAUUUGGAUUCAGAACCCAAGGGAUCUUCCAGGCUUGCAAUCGUCACCGUACUAUAACAUCCCUGGGCAAACACAUACUGCGUAUUUGCCAUCCCACACUGGCCAUGCCUCCUUCAAUGCGGCUGCAGCACAAUCUUCUCACAUGCAAUUCCCAGGCUUGUAUCCACCUCCACAGCCAACUGCAAUGGCAAGUCCGCACCAUUUGGGUCCUGUUAUGGGCAACAAUGUUGGAGUUGGGGUUGCCCCAUCUGCUCCCGGGGCACAAGUGGGUGCUUAUCAGCAACCUCAGUUAGGCCAUCUCAACUGGACAACAAACUUCUGAAGGUAAAUGUCAAAUCAAACCCCAUAAGGGGAUUCAAGUAGUUAUAGAAAUUUAUUUUUCCUUGUGAAAUAUUUAACCUUUUUAUCUUCUUUUAUUUAAUGCAAUCAAAGUUCCAUUUCCAGGC